AUGCAGCAACGGCAACCUUUCUCCCCGCCACAAAAGUCCCCCGAACUCUUUCAUCCUCGACCCCAGCAUAUUUCCCAGGUCCCCAUGAUGAGAUCUCCUCCUCCACCAGCCUCCUAUCAGAGUCAGCAGCAGCAGUCUCAACCACAACUCAAUAGCUAUGGUAAUCCUUUCUCGUCCCCAGCUGCCGGGACUGGAGGAGCCGCUGGCUUUGGUGGCUUCAUCAAUGAUCCCACUGCUCAGAUGGGCUUCCAGGUUGGAAAGACUGCUGUUAUGGCGGGCCAAGAAUACAUGGAGCAGAAUUUAAAUCGUCUGGUUCCUGUCUCGGCUCUUAAACACUACUUCAAUGUUUCCAAUUCUUACGUCGUGCGGAAACUCUUACUUGUUCUGUUUCCAUGGAGGCACAAACCUUGGACCAGACAACAGACCAGAAUGGCCACAUCAUCUACCAAUCCCGACGGCCAUGUCUCUCAACAAUCUUAUUCUCUGAACUACCUCCCACCCCGCGACGACCUCAACUCUCCCGAUAUGUACAUCCCUAUCAUGGCUCUGGUCACAUAUAUUCUCCUUUCCACCGUUCUUGCCGGAAUAAGAGGUUCCUUCCACCCCGAGUUACUAGGCAGCAUCACGAGUACCGCUCUCUUCGUUGUUGGGUUUGAAUUUAUCAUUCUCCGAGCCGCUAUGUACUUCUUAGCCAUCACCAACGACUCGCAAUUUCUCGACUUGUUCGCUUACUCUGGCUACAAGUUCGUCGGAGUCAUUCUUACCCUCUUCCUCAGCGAGCUUUUGACUGGUGGCCGUGGCACCAACAACUGGGUUGGAUGGACCUUGUUCAUCUAUACCUGGUAUGCAAAUGCUUUUUUCUUGCUUCGAUCACUCAAAUACGUUCUGCUUCCAGACACUUCCAAUGAUCCCACAGGAAUGCCUGGGAAUAGCACUCCUUACACUAUGGCACGCACCAGGAAGAAUCAGCGCACCUAUUUUCUUGCCAUUUAUGCCUUUGUGAUCCAAAUGCUUUUCAUGUGGCUUUUGAGUCGUGAGGAAUCUGCGGUCAAGACCGUCACGAAAAAAAUCACUGGACCCAAAGUUUGA